UGCCAGUGUCUCCGAGGUCAGGAGCAAAGAAGCAUGGCCGCUGUAUUCAGGGGGUCCCGAAAGCUAUGGAGAAGGUGGUCCAACCAUGUCGACCUGGCUCUCGUGUCCAGCCGGGCGAUGGCAUCGAAGACGCAGGUGGGCUUUGUGGGGCUGGGCAACAUGGGGAACCCCAUGGCCAAGAACCUGCUGAAGCACGGGUACCCCGUCAUCGCCACCGACGUCUUCCCCGAGUCCUGCAAGGAGAUCCAGGAGCUGGGCGCACAGAUCCUGGACUCCCCAGCUGAGGUGGCGGAUAAAGCGGACCGCAUCAUCACCAUGCUCCCCUCCAGCCCCAACGUCAUCGAGGUCUACACCGGACCCAACGGCAUCCUCAAGAAAGUGAAGAAGGGCUCCCUGCUCAUUGACUCCAGCACUAUAGACCCGGCCGUCUCCAAGGAGAUGGCUGCUGCCGCCGAGAAGAUGGGGGCGGUCUUCAUGGACGCGCCAGUGUCUGGGGGUGUGGGGGCGGCCAGUUCAGGUAAGCUGACCUUCAUGGUGGGCGGUCCAGAGGAGGAGUUCACGGCCACCAAGGAGCUGCUCACCUGCAUGGGGGCCAACGUGGUGCACUGUGGUCAGGUCGGCACCGGACAGGCAGCUAAGAUCUGCAAUAACAUGCUGCUGGCCAUUGGGAUGAUUGGCACGUCAGAGACCAUGAACUUGGGCAUCAGACUGGGCCUGGAUCCGAAGCUGCUGGCGAAGAUCCUGAACAUGAGCUCGGGCCGGUGCUGGUCCAGCGACACCUACAACCCCGUGCCCGGCGUCAUGGAGGGGGUACCCUCCGCCAACAACUACCAGGGCGGCUUCGGCACCACCCUCAUGGCCAAGGACCUCGGGCUGGCCCAGAACACGGCGACCAGCACGCGCACUCCCGUGCCCAUGGGGGCGCUGGCGCACCAGGUGUACCGCAUGAUGUGCGCGCGCGGCUACGCUAGCAAGGACUUCUCGUCCGUCUUCCAGUUCCUGCGCGAGGAGGACGCCGGCGGCCAGUAGGGGGCAGCAGAGCAGAGCAGAGGCCUUCAGCGCCACCCUGUGCCUCUCUCGGGACGCAACGCAACGCAACGCCCCGACACACACACACACACACACACACACACACACACACACACACACACACACACACACACACACACACACACACACACACACACACACACACACUCACACACACACACACACACACACACACUCUCUCAUUCUCACACUCUCAUUCACAUACUCACACACACACACACACACACACACACACACACACACACACACACACACACACUCUCUCUCAUUCUCACACUCUCAUUCACAUACUCACACACACAUGUCUGACACACCACCAUGCUGUCCUGACACUCACACACACACAAACACAAACGCACACACACACAUACAUACAUACAUACACACACAUAGUCAUACUCAUUCACUCUCUCAAACACACACACACACAAACGCACUCACACACACACACACACACAGCGAUGCUAAUGUGGUCUGAGUCAUGUGUCAUGGGUCUCCAUUGGGCAACCGAGCGUGAGUGUGUGUGUGUGUGUGUGUGUGUGUGUGUGUGUGUGUGUGUGUGUGUGUGUGAGUAUGAGGUAGCAGGUGUACUUGUUCCAUAUUGAUUGAUUGUUUGUUUGUUUGUUGAUUUGUUUGUUCAUGUUGUCUUGGGGAAUCAUGUUACUCGUGUGUCCUGCACAGCACUCCUGGAUCAGUGAGAACCAAACACACACACACACACACACACACACACACAGCACUCCUGGAUCUGUGAGUUGAUUUGCUGUAGACGUGCUCGACUCCACUGCAAUUAGAACCAACCACACACACAUAUACAUACACGCAAUACACAACACACACACACACACACACACACACACACACACACACACACACACACCACACCACACACAGUGCCAUCCUGUUUGCUCUUCGUCCUUAAGGAGGAAGAAGAGGAGGAGGAUUGUCAUUGCGCCAUCACAGCCUUGGGACUGCCUACGGAGAUGAGUCUUACACACACACACACACACACACACACACACACACACUACUCGGCGCGCUGGCCUGUUCCACACAAUCACACGCACUCACACUACUCGGCGUGUUGGUCUGUUCCACACACACACACACACACACUUAUCCACAUCUUUAGUUUUGUGUUUUGUUUUUGAUUUAUUUGCUUUUUUUUUUUGUUUAUUUUUGUUGUUGUUGUUUGUUUGAUUAGUUUAUUUGUGGUUAGCAGGUAGCUGGGUAAUGAGCUGAAGGGACUCCUCCAUUAAAGA